UUCCCGAAGCAGUGGUUUCUAGGGCGUGGCUUGGGUAUGCGGUGCAGAAUUAAUUGGUAACGUUAAUUAAAAUAAUUACAGAAAGGAAUGAACUAGAAAACGUAUCCUGAGGAAACAUUCUGCACAUGUUGUAGAAGCUACGCCCAUGAUUAUAGAGAUGUUUCGCAAAAGUGGUCGUCUUCUCCAAACAGCUGUUGGUGUCUAUCGCCGUGGAAUAGCACGUAGUAAUCAGCAUUCACCAGCAUUUGGAGUUCUGUUUGAUAUUGACGGCGUCUUGGUGAGAGGUACUACCCUAAUCCCUGCAGCCAAAGAGGCUUUUCGCCUGCUUUUGGAUAAGAAUGGUAAAUUUCGAGCACCUGUUGUGUUUGUGACCAACGCUGGUAAUUGUGUUCGACAAGCCAGGGCACAACAGCUGUCGGCAAUUCUAGAGGUGGAGAUACCACAGGAUCAAGUAAUUUUAUCUCACAGCCCACUAAGGAUGUUCCAUCGAUUUCAUGAUAAACAAGUACUGGUUUCUGGACAAGGCCCAAUAGCAGAGAUUGCCAAAAAUGUUGGUUUUCAGCAUAUUAUUACAAUUGAUAUGAUCAGAGAGGCUUUCCCACAGCUUGAUGUUGUAGAUCACAGCCGUCGGCCAAAACACUUGCCACCUCCCAAAAUGGACUUCCCUCAAAUUGAAGCUGUGAUUCUGUUUGGAGAACCAGUGAGAUGGGAAACUAACUUGCAGCUGAUCAUUGAUGUUAUUCUGAGUGAUGGGAAGUUAGCAAGUGCACCACAUGUAGUACCGUAUCCCCACAUCCCUGUGCUGGCAUGUAAUAUGGACCUCUUGUGGGUAACAGAAGCCACAAUGCCAAGGUUUGGACAUGGAACAUUUCUGGUUUGUUUAGAGAAUAUCUUCAAGAAGAUCACUGGCCUGGAGCUGAGGUACGAGGCCCUGAUUGGAAAACCAAGCAUAAUCACAUACAAGUAUGCAGAGUGUGUGCUAAGGCAGCAGGCCAUGAAAAGGGGAUGGACAGCACCAAUACAGAGACUGUAUGCCAUUGGGGAUAACCCAAUGGCAGACAUUUAUGGUGCCAACCUAUAUAAUCAGCACAUACAGGCUGCUUGCGGUGACCAAGUCCAUGCCCAGGUGAAAGGGCAUAAAGUGAUGGAGACCCUAAAAGAGGAGUCAGUGGUGCUAAAAUACUUUAAGCCAGAAGAGGAACUCCCGUUGGGGGCUGCUGACUGGUGCAAGUCGAUCCUGGUGUGCACUGGCAUGUACAGACGCUAUAAUGAGAUGCCUUCUGACCCUGAAGAGAGUGUUGUAGAGACUGUGUUCCAUGGUCAUCGAGACUUUUGCUUUGACCCCAGCCUGGUAGAACCAUCUUGGAUAGUAGAGGAUGUGAAAGAAGCAGUAGAGCUUAUCUAUAAAGAAGAGGGUUGGGUGUAAUUGUAAUGACAGUUCCUUGUCUUAUGAAAGGCAUUAAGCUAGAUAAUGCAGACUUUUUGUUUCAGGAUCAUGUGGCAAUUUCAAACAGUUUUGUGCUAAUAGUCUAUUGCAGUACCUUACCUGUGUGAAUCCCCAGCUAGCCAAAUAAAUAGGGGGAGUUUUAAAUUAUUGAAACUAGAAUUUCCAGUAGCAGUCAGGUCACUGUAAGAAAACCAUUAAGUUAUAUAAAAUAAAGACUAAUUCUUGGAGAGAAGUAAUAUA